AUGGGCUGGGGAGCUUCGGCGGAUUGCUUACGCACAUCAGGGAUCGCGCUUGUGUACUCUGCGGCGGAGUACUGCGCACCAGUAUGGUUGGGGAGUGCACAUACCAACAAAGUGGACGUCAAACUGCACGAUACCAUGCGUUGCAUCUCCGGCACUAUCAAAUCUACUCCGGUCCACUGGCUGCCACUACUAAGCCAUGUAGCCCCGCCUCAUCUCCGACGCGCUCAGGCUUUGAAGAGAGAAGUGGAGAAGAUUCUGAAAAAUCCAACGUUACCAGCCCAUAAAGAGUUCUGCUACCCUCCCCCACAACGUUUGGUCUCUCGAAACCCACCCUGUGCUAUAGCGCCAAGCCUAAGCAAUUUUAACAUCUUGGACCGGUGGAAAGAUGAAUGGUCUACUGCCACGGUUGGAAAAGAUGACCUCUAUCUCCCAGAUCCGACGAAAAAACCAAAAGGGUUCCAUCUACCUCGAAAGAUCUGGUGUCGUCUGAACAGGUUGAGAACAGGUCAUGGCCGCUGUAAUUAUUUCCAACAUAAGUGGGCUUGGAAGGAGUCUCCGCUCUGCGAGUGCGGCGAAGAAGAACAAACCAUUGAGCACAUAUUUCGGCGCUGCCCACUUCACUUCUAUCCUGGCCCAGCUGAGGAUCUAGAUGUCUUGACACCCGACGUAGUUACCUGGCUUAACAACCUCAAAGCUGUUCUCUGA